AUGGUUCCUCCAAAGAAAGAUGCAUUUGCAGAUUUAUUUCAAUCUGCCAGUAGUGGGAAUAGUAAUAGUAGCUUGAAUUCAAAGCUCAACAAUUUGUCACUAUCUGAACGUCAAAAGCUUCAGCAACAAAAUCUUCAACAACCUGCAAAAAACACUCUAUUUCAAUCUCAGUCUCAGAACAAUUCGGUCAAUUCAAGCUGGUCCAACAUUGAUAUUUUAACGCCAAGUAGGACGGCUAGCCCAGUUAGCAAUAGUGGAAAUUCUGAGCUGGGUGUUUUGCUUCACCAAACACGCACCUUGUCUGUCCAACCAGAAGAUCCAUUUCUGAUAUUUCUGGAAAGCAAACCCCAGAACCUGUCUAGUAAGUCAGGCACAAACCCAAUUACUAGGGGCAGUAGGGGCAACCCAAACCCAGCUGAGAUUUCUUUGUUGGAUGACGAUUUUACAGAUUUUUUUCAAGAAAGCAAAACACCUUCGAAAUCAACUGCGUCUCCUUCUAUACUGUCACAUACCUCCCAAUCAGACUUCCAUCUGACAGCUCUGCGUGACAACCGACCACCAACUACAGCAGAUGAACAAAAAGACUUUGUUGUUGCUGAAUUGGUCGACAUUGGAUUCAGCGUCGAAGAUGCUAAUGAGGCCAUUAACAAAAAAGGGUUGGAUUUACAGAAAUGUGUCAAUUACAUUAUGAAUAAGAACUCUGGUAAUUCAAACACGGAAAGGGUGGAGAACAAUGGUCCCGUACUAGGUCAACGUCCUGAAGGGAUCAAAUUGAAUGAGUUGGGUACUGAUUUAUUCAAGAAAGCAAACAGCUUCUACAAUUUUUCUAAACGAGCGGUAUUGCAAAAUUUGGAACAAUUUGGCGGUCCUAGAAGCAGCAACGACAACAUUCCUGCGUGGAUGAAAACGAAAGAGAAGUAUGAGUCGGAUGCAGUGGAGAAGAAAUAUGGAGGGGAGGAGUAUGGAACAGAUGAAGAAAAUAUAAAUCAAAAAGACAUAGAGCGCUUUAUGAAGCAGCAAAGGGAGCGGGACAGAGAUAGAUCCAGGGCCCGUUUUGAAGGUUGGAUAGAUGGCAAGCCAAAACAAUCACUCCGCUCGUCUAAAGAAUCAAGUCCAGAAUUACCGCAUAGACCGCUGAAUUCAGAUUACCAUGGCAUUAUCAGCUCGGAAAAGAGAGUACCAUCCAGACGCAACGUGCACCAGAAGGAAAGCCUUGAAUUGCCGCAGAGACCAGCAAGAAAGAGUCAAGCUACAACACCCUUGGAGAGACUGAUUCCGGUAGCUCAUCAUGGAAAAAUGCCUGCGUCAGACCCAGUUUCAGCCAACUCCUCUGUCGGCAACACUACUCCCGAUGAGGAUUUGCUAGGAUUGGGAACUUCAGGAACAUCAAAUGCCAGAAAGACAGCAGCCCCGGGGUCUAUUCGUGAUUCGACUCCUUUGAAUCAGUUUAUUUAUACUGAUUACACUACUGCGAAGGAAAAAGCUACAGCGGCAUAUAAGUCUGGGGAUUAUACUACUGCGCUAGAAUCCUAUGCGAUUUGUCUUGGUUGUUUGCCUCCUAAUCACGAAUUGCGGAUUGUUAUUUUAUCCAAUUUAGCAUCGGUCAAUAAGUUGCUGGGACAUUUGAAGGAAAGCUUGGAUAAUAUCAAGGAUGCAGAGGCAUUGUUCAUGCCUCAAGAGAUUCUGAGUGAUUAUGAAAUUGCAGCCAAACUGAUCAAGUAUUGGAGUACUAAAUUGUUUAUGAUAAAGGCAGAAGUGUUGGAAUUGCUAGAGAAAUACGGCGAGGCUUUAGAACAGUACCUUGUUUUGAUAAGAGAAUUGAACUGUAACGAUAAAAAAGUUAUGGACGGUAAACGGAGAGUAGAUAAAAUUGUCAAUCCACAAAAUUACAAACCCUCUAAACCAAGUGUGUCGUCGCGUCCUGCAACACCUUCAAAUAGAAUUCCUGCUAUUGAAACAAAGCGACAAACAAAACUGGGAGAGGACGAAAUUGAUGCUUUGACUAAAGACAAGAUUGAUGACAAAAUUAAAUCUUGGGCAGCCCCCAAACAGAACAAUCUUCGAGCCAUGUUGACUAAUUUAAAUGAGAUUAUACCUCCAAAUAUCAAAAUGAGUGAGAAAUUGCGUAACUUGACUACAAACGAUUUGAUGCUACCAAAGCAAGUGAAAAUUCAGUACAUGAAGGUUAUCAGCAGCAUUCAUCCUGACAAGUUAGCGUCCCAAAUUAAGGACAAUAGGGAACUGGGAUUGAUAUGUAAUGGAGUCUUUAUUAUUUUAAAUAAGCGUUGGGAGGCUUUUAAACAGGAAGAGAAUAUAUAA